ACCUGAACUCGCGAUUUCUUGAUCGGUUGGUGACUAUGAUUUCUGCUGCGGCACUAAUCACGAAGCCGGGCUGCUGCAAAAAGGAACUACGUGGUUCCUCGUCUGUCGAUACUUUUUUGUCUUGCCGAAGAAUUAUAUCAUCAUCGCAUGCAUGCACACGACGUAAUGCCAGGUUUAGAAAGUACCACUACAAGAUCAUGGACUGCAGCUGAGCUAUCCGAGUUGGACGGGGAGAGCGGGUUGCAACUUGGCGUGGGGUUGCUAGGCAAAGUGUACGAUGUUUCCUGCCGCCCAGAUUUGUACGGGUUCGGUGGGGGCUACCAUCGGUUUGCGGGAAAGGUGUGUACGCGUAGUUUUGCGCUCACCGCCCUCGACCUGGAGCACAUCGGUAGGAGCGACUUAGUCGACCUGAAGAGGGAGAACUUCGUCGCGCUGCGGGAGUGGGAAGCCUUGUUCGAGCGCAAAUAUGACCGACUGGGCGUGCUCUCGGAGGAAGAGCCCGACGCGAGGAGUGUGCAGAACCUGGAGGAGCUGGAAAGAAGGCACGGAAUAGACACGACAAAGACCACCGGGAAUAAAAAAGGAGCGGAAAACAUCAAGCAGGUGGUGGACGCGGCGGGUCAUAAUCUUCUGGUUCCUGCUGUAGUCCACAAGGAAGAAGAUGGGAUUAUGGCUCGCAAUCUACUCACGAGCAGAUGUGACGAGCACCUCGAUGCCGAUGGACGUGUGGAAGCAGGUGCAACAACGCCUGUUGCCACCUCUUCUCAGGUGCUGUCCAGCACCGGACCGGCCGCUUAUUUGUUCACAGAUUUUCUCUCGCAGUCGGAAUGCGAGGUCCUGCGCAAACUAAUUCUGAAAUCGUAUGAAGGCCGGACCUUCAGUACGAAGUUGCGAACGGGCUUGGCCCCCGAAAGCUACCCGGUCGGGUCCGAGGCGAGGGAGGUGCUCGAGCGCCUAGAAAAUGGGCUGGGAGAGCUUUUAAACUGCCCGCGCCACCCGGGGGAGGACCCGCUAAUGGCCAUGGUGACCCCGCCGCAACAAGCCAUGGGUAGCUCGCAGGAGCAGCAAGAGGAGCCGAAGUCAGUGUUCCACCUGGGGAUCCAUUUGGAUGCCAACCGGCGCCCGUUCCGGUAUGCGACAGCGAUCAUUUAUCUGAGUGAUUUACCCAGAAAUGGGGGCGGGGAGACCGUUUUUCUGCCGAAAACGGAAGAUACGGCGCUGUUGCACAGGCAUGGGGUCUUGCACACCGACCUCGUUGACGAGGAGAGGGAGCGGCUUUUAGAGAACCUGCCGAACGAGUUGCGCAGCGUCGAUAAGCUGUUCGGAGAGAUCGGGCUUCGGAAACUAUUGGAGGACGUACUGCAUAUGCCGCAGCUGACGGCGGCAGCGAGAGCUGUCUACCCGGAAAUUGUCGCAGCGAAGGGCCGGCUCCUGCAAGCUGCGGCCUCAGAGAAGAGGCCAGGAGAUGUAGAGAGGGAUCCAGUUUCGGCUGCCACGGGGCCGCGUACUACGUCUUUGUUGAAAGUGCGGCCGCGCGAGGGACAAAUGCUAGUUUUCUUCACGCGCACACCUGAUCUGACACUGUGCACCGGGAGUUAUCACGGAGGUGCCCGGGUUUCAAACGGGUUCAAAUUUACUUUGCAAAAAUUCAAGGAGCUCCCUCGCAAUGACCCCGCCGUUGCGUUUGCAACACUAAAGCAGGAUUGGUCCGCGUUAAUCGCGGGCGCUCUCGGUAAUUGCGAAGCAAGAGUGGCUGCUGAAAGAAGCAAUGAUUCGUCUUCAUCUGGGCUGAUAUUUUGA